GAUCAUAUGACAGUAACGUGAUUGCUAGACUGCUGAAACAACACUUGUGUGUGUGCAGUGUAUGUCAGGACAGGCACCAUGGCUGAUAGAGAAGCAGACCCCAGCCUUAGGUACCACAACAAGGUGGUCAUAGUAACCGGAGGGACAAAGGGCAUCGGGGAAGCGGUUGUCAGGGCAUUUGUGAAGAAUGGAGCUUCAGUCGUGUUUUGUUCAAAAGAAGAAACAGCAAGUGACCUUGAGAAUGAGCUUUCUGAAUGUGGACCAGGGUCUGCUGUCUAUGUGUCUUGUGAUGUAACAAGAGAGGAUGAUAUCAAGAGGCUGAUUGAAGUAGCUGUAAAAACGUUUGGACAAAUAGACUGUCUGGUCAACAAUGCUGGAUGGCAUCCUCCAGACCAGAUAAUUGAUGACACAAGUGCACAGGAGUUUCAAAACCUUUUAAACUUGAAUCUUAUUGGCUACUUCCUGACUGCAAAGUAUGCUUUGCCCCACCUAAGAAAAACACAGGGAAACAUCAUCAAUGUCUCAAGCUUAGUUGGAAUCAUUGGUCAGAAACACGCCAUACCCUACGUUGCCACAAAGGGAGCAGUAACUGCAAUGACCAAGGCAAUGGCGAUAGAUGAAAGUCAGUACAGUGUGAGAGUGAACAGCAUAUCUCCAGGAAACAUAUGGACACCACUUUGGAAGGAACUCUCCAGUCAUGCUGCUAAUCCUGAUGUUAUGAUUCUAGGAGGAAAAGAUGCCCAGUUACUUGGUCGUAUGGGCACAGCGGAUGAGUGUGCCAAAGCUGUACUUUACCUGGCAGCAGAAGCCACAUUCUGCACAGGCAUUGAUCUUCUCCUUACCGGUGGAGCUGAAUUGAAUUACGGUUGUAAAAAUCAACAGAUGAGCCAAAACAGCAUUUACAACUGACUGUCUAUUGGACAACUGAUGUAUGAAAACUGAAGGCCAGGAAAAUAGGGUGUGACCUAUAGCAUCCAAUCAUAUUCUCACUGUACAUUUUUUUGGAAGUUUAUAAAAUGAAAGCAAAUAUGUAGCUGGUUGCAUUGCCACUGUUAAAGUAUUUCCAGUUUUGGCAGCGGUUUUUCUGAAUAUAUCACAAAUUGCCAUCCACUGGCAUCUGUGUAUGCCGCCUAUCUAAUGCUAGUUUGUGUCAGAAUGUAGACAAUAGCAAGUAUGCAUGGUAUAAUCAAAUUUAAUGGAAGUCUGUGUCUCUGUCAGUAUGAUCACAUCAAGAUAACACAUUAGUGGCUCUAUAGUGGUUCCAGGUCACUGACUCGGCUUUGACUGAUUAAGUAGUGAAAAAAAAGGACAAUCAUUGUGUUAUGAUACUAAUGAGAAAGCACAACCGUAUGUGAGCCAAUAGAACUAACCAAUUUGCAGAAUUAUACAUGAAAACAAGUUUUAUUAAACAUGGGCCUCACUUUAUAAUUGCUUGAAGCUUGUGGUAUUAACACAUUAAAAAGGGAUACUGUUACUUUUU